GUGUCCCGACUCCCGGCGACAUGUGGCGGGGCAGCCGCUGGCUGCGGGGGCUGGUGCUGCCGGCGGCGAGGGGGCUGCGGCUGCGCCCCGCUGGGCCGGGCCCGGGGGCCGCUGCGCGCUGCGCUCCCUGCUGGGCGGGGCGGGCCCUCGGCGGCGGGCCCAGCGCGGAGCUGCGGGCGGGCGGAGGAGCCGAGCAGGAGCGCAGAGCCCCAGAUCACACUCUUUCCAAAUUCAAUAUUGAUCUUAUCAUCUCUCUCCUGAGGCAAGAAAAUGCUAGCAAUAUUUGUGUUAUCCAGGUCCCUCCAGAAAUGAGAUACAGUGAUUAUUUUAUAAUUGUGAGCGGAUCUUCUUCAAGACACCUCUAUGCUAUGGCGCACUACAUGCUGAAAAUGUACAAGCAGCUGAAACAAGAAAAUGAUCCUCACAUUCAGAUUGAAGGGAAAGACACAGAUGACUGGAUGUGCAUUGAUUUUGGUAGCACAGUGAUCCAUUUCAUGCUUCCAGAGACACGAGAGAUUUAUGAGUUGGAAAAGUUAUGGACUCUCCGUUCUUAUGAUGACCAGUUAGCACAGAUGGUUCCAGAGUCAUUACCAGAAGACUUCAUAGUUGGACUCACUCACCACCAGCAGUGAUCACAAUCUUUUCUUCAUGAAAGGAAUACAUACAAAUAAUGCAGUUAGAGCACUCACCGCUUCAGGAUUAAAGAAUGCAACAAGCAAUUUCUUUAGUUACUUCUGAGGAGAGGGGACACAGCAAAGAGCCACUGUGCUUGAAUGCUCCUCCAUUGUUGUGCAGUGAGUGAGGGGCUAGGCUUACAGCAAUACAGCUGUAGGACACAAAGUACCUAAUUGAAUCAGUCUAGAAUUGAGUAUUAUGAUUUAAGCCCCCCUUGUUCUUCCAGAAGUGCAGGGGGACCUUGUUGACUGUAGUAGUCAGCAUCUCAGUUGAAGCUGUAGCUUCAAGUAUACUGAGUGAGAAGGAAGAGUAGCAGCUAUUUGAAUAGUAGAGACAGUUAACAUGAAACUUAGUUUAAAAGGAACUUCAGGUACUAUACCUGCCCCUGAAUCUUCCUACCAGUGUUUGGUUUUAAUACCAAAAGUAUCUCCCUCUGCUGUUGCUGUAUGUGAAAGUGAAAACCCCUCUUUACUUCAGUAAUCAAGGUGUUAUGUAAAUUACAUUGGUUUGAAGGUUAAUUUUACUAUGUCCCUUUAACACCAUUUAUGGGCACAGAUCCGUAGUGAGCAGAGCCCAAACCUUGUUCAAUUUGAGGUUAAAGUACAAGUAGGGGAAGCAAAGUAGUACUGAGACGGGCUCGUUUAUACUGAUUGUUAGCAUGGGGCAAGCUAAGGUGUAAAUCUACAGCACUCUACUAACAUGCCAUGCACUAAGAGCUCCAAAGUGCAUGCUGAUGUACUGCUGUUUGAAAUGGUUUCUGUGGGUGGCAGACUAGAAUGCUGUAGCUGUAUAGCCUGGCUUGCUGUGCAUUAACUGAUCACAUAGGUGUGCCUUAAAGGGGAUUUUGUGAUAAAUUUAUAUAUGUUAUAAAUUUAAGGAGAUGUACCUAAAACCAAUAUAAGGAGAUGUACCUAAAACCAAACAGCUGUAGCAGCUUUGUCCACCAAACAGCUCCUGUGCAAUUUAGCCUAACGUUUUCCCAAAUGCUUGAACCUGAAAAGAAAACUCUACACAUUCAGCAGAAGGAAGAAACUUGGAAAGCAAUGCUUAAAACCACUCUGGCUAAUAUUGAGCUUUGCCUAACGGAUAUGUCCAAAUUCAUUCCAAAGGGGUACCUUGAAGUCAUUAAGGUAGGGAAAGGCCACUAAUUUAAGAAAGGAGGGGGAGAGGAGUAAAGAGGAGAUGGGCCAGUCCUAUUAAACAGCACUAAAGAGGUCAAGUCAAAGCAGAAAAAAUGAUUUUGGGAAAAGCAACAUUAUAAAUAACUUGAUGCUUUUUAAACAGAAAUACUGUGCUCUUGAAGAUAAACAUUCCACCUAUGGUAUAGUCUGCUAUUCUGUAACAAUUAGCUGAGGCUCACUUGUGCUCAGAAUUGAUGACAUGUUCUACAGUACUGUGAUACUAUGCUUUCUGGAUGCCUUCUGGUGUUUUCAAAGCACCCAGUCCAAAGAGAAUUUCAGAUUACUUAUUGAGAGAGUUUCCUUUCAAUAUUUUGCCAAUAAAAUCUGCUCUUAUAUGAAA